AUGGCAUAUGCUUCUUGUUCUUAUGGUCGAGAUAAAUGUGAAUAUACAUUAGAUUAUGGUCAUGGAACAAAGACACAUGGAGAUCUUAUCAUGGAGACUCUUACAUUGGAAUCAACCUCAGGGUCUAUUGUCUCAUUUCCUAAAAUUGUGAUAGGAUGUGGACACACCAAUACGCAAGGUUUUGAGUAUAACGGUAAAAGUUCGGGUAUUGUUGGCCUUGGAAAAGGGCCCACGUCAAUUAUAAAGCAAUUAGGAUCUUUAACUGAUGAUAAAUUUUCUUAUUGUUUAAUUGUAAAUGAGUUUUACAAUAUUUCUAAUUUAUCUAGCAAGCUCAACUUUGGAGAUGCUGCCGUUGUGUCUGGUGGUAAAGUUGUUUCAACUCCUAUGGUCAAAAUUUUUGGAAACCAGCAAAAAGACUAUUACUAUCUAACUUUGAAGGCAUUCAGUGUGGGAAAAAAGAGAAUCAAGUACAAAGGGUUUAAACGUGAAGGAACAAAUGCUUCUACAAAUAACAUCAUAAUUGACUCUGGUACAUCUGUAUCUCGCCUCCCACGUCGUGUUUUUCAUAAGCUGGAAUCUACCGUUAAAAAAAUGGUUAAGCUAAAGCCCUUUCCAGAUCCAACAGAUUCGUUUAGCCUUUGUUAUAAUACCACUUCUAAAAAACAAAAUUUUCCUGUAAUAACUGCACAUUUUAGUGGCGCAGAUGUUAAGUUAGAUCCAAAAGGCGUCUUUAAUACUAUUCUCAAGGGAAUUGAAUGUUUUGUUUUUCGGCCACAUGAUGAUGGAUUAGGCAUAUUUGGAAGCUUGGGACAAACAAACCAUUUGAUUGGUUAUGAUCUCAAAAAAAAUAUUGUCUCCUUCAAACCAACUGAUUGUACUAAAUAUUAA